AUGAAAAAAUGGGAAAUUGAUCUUCUUGGUUAUUUAGGCGGUGCAUUAUUAGCAAUAUGUUUAUUGCCACAGUUAUAUCGUACAUAUAAAACACGUUCUGCAGGAGAUUUUAGUUAUAUAUGGAAUGUAUUAUAUAUGGCUGGGAUGAUAAUAACAAUUGUGUACUUAAUCGAAGUUAAAGCCCUUGCUGGUUGGAUUUCAUUAGUAUGUGAAUUUGCAAUGGCUUUAGCAUUAUUUAUAAUGAAAGCAUAUUUGCAGUUUCACACAAAAAAAAGUGAGAAACAAAGUAAACCUUCCAUUUCAGUUAUAUCGGAUGGCGAUAUUGAACUUGUCAAAGUUAUACCGAAUUCACCCACUAAAAAACGAAACAUUUAA